AUGACUAGGGAACAAAUUAUUAAGGAGGUCCUUAAACUUGCCAAUAGAACACCGAAUGCUGUACCUACAAGAACAGUUGACAAUAUCAUCGUUGAAAAAAUUGCUAUUGGUCAAAAACAACUUGAAUUAACAGUUGGUGCACAGCAGGAUACAUGUUUGUAUGGGGACGAGACACGGAAAUUUGGUAAAACAUACCAGACAUUUUUAUUAAGUGAUGAUAACAAACAAGUGUACUUUUUAGGACUCCGGGAUAUGCAUGAUAAGGCUGCCAGCACAACUUUGGAUAUGUUUGCAAAUAUUUUAGAUGACAUAUCAGACAUUUGUGAAACGUAUAGAAACAAUGACAUAACAUCACAUGGACAUAGUAUACUUUCAAACAUCAGAAAUUUUAUGUCUGACAGGGCCCAGACAAAUAUAGCAUUCACAGAACUGUUACAAAAUUAUCGAACAGAGAUAAUGCCUACAUUUUUACAAAAUUGGAAUGAAUUGACAAUUGGAGAACAAACCUCUACAGUUAAAUUGAUAGUGGCUGCCACUGAAGGUCCAUCUGAGGAGAGAGUUGCUAGAGAUGUUCCAUUAUUUGUUGGAAAAAAAGUUCUUCAUACAUUUAAGGAAGGAAAAUGGAAUGGUAGAGUUUUAAGUGUCGUAAAAGGAUUCCCAGAAUUUUAUAACAUUGUUUAUGAUUGUGACCUCGAUGAAUCAACUGCAACUAUUAGCAGUGCCACAGCCAUUUAUACCUACAAACUGAAGCAAGAGUACAGAGAUGGCAAUCUGGAAAUUCUUCCUGAGGCGGAUAUCACACAGAAUUGA